UUGACAGUAGAGUCGUUUACUGUUAGGCUACCGGAGUUAACUUAGUCAACAAAUUAUGUGUAUCAUGUAUCUUAGAUUAGAUAGCCUAAUGCAGAAGCAGAAGCGACACACACAACCUUGGCAAAACUGGAAGUUACUAUGAAGUAGACCGCAACAGAUUUACAAAGAGACUAGACAAAGACGCUAUUCGAGAGAGAUUUGCGGAACCUUGGCUGCUGCUGUAGGCUAGAGCUAGAGCCUACGUAUGCGAUUUCACUGAGGAGGGAUAGGGGAUUCUCUGGUCACAACAUGGGUCGCCCGUUGGUGCUUGACUUGUUGGCUGCCUGCCUGUGUUUGACAGUUCAAUGCGUGGGAUCCUCACGGCCUAACUUGAUCCUGCUGUUUGCGGAUGACCUGGGCUUUGGGGAUCUGGGCAGCUACGGGCACCCGAGUUCUCUGACGCCACACCUGGAUAAACUGGCGGCUCAAGGUCUACGAUUUACGGACUUUUAUGUGACCAGUCCCGUCUGCAGCCCGUCCAGGGCAUCGAUUCUGACUGGGCGCUAUCAGACACGCUCAGGGAUCUAUCCUGGUGUACUGUACCCCGGUUCCAAAGGAGGUCUCCCCCUAAAUGAGACCACCAUCGCCGAGGUGCUGAAGCCCCUGGGCUACAACACCGCCAUGAUUGGCAAGUGGCAUCUGGGCGUGGGCCCCAAUGGGACCUACCUGCCCACACGCCAGGGCUUCGACUCCUACCUGGGCAUCCCUUACUCGCACGACAUGGGUCCCUGUAGCAACCUGACGUGUUUCCCUCCUGAUGUCAAGUGUUUUGGCUUCUGUGACCGUGGCGUGGUGACGGUUCCUGUGAUGCACAAUGAAGUCAUCGUACAGCAACCAGCAGACUUCCUGCACCUGGAGACGGCCUACAGCAAGUUCGCCACAAAUUUCAUCAGGAGAUCGGCAAUGAAGAAUGAGCCAUUUUUCCUCUAUUACCCCUCUCAUCACACCCACUACCCCCAGUACGCAGGCGAGACGGCAGCUGGGAAAUCUGGGAGAGGUCCGUUUGGUGAUGCCCUGCUGGAGCUGGACUCCACCGUGGGUCACAUCGUACACACACUCACAGAGGCAGGCGUCAUCAACAACACACUCAUCUUCUUCACCGCAGACAAUGGGCCAGAGUUAAUGCGUAGGUCUCGUGGCGGUAACGCUGGUCUGAUGAAGUGUGGCAAAGGCACCACAUAUGAGGGGGGCAUGAGAGAGCCGGCCAUGGCCUACUGGCCUGGACACAUCAAACCAGGGGUCACUCAUGAGCUGGCCAGCUCUCUGGACAUCCUGCCCACCUUCGCGGCACUGGCUGGGGCUCCCCUCCCCAAAGUGGCCCUGGAUGGGUUCGACAUGAGAAGUAUCUUGUUCCACAAGGGCCCAAGCCAGAGGAAGGCCAUGUUCUACUACCCUGUGGACCCCAGUGAGAAGUACGGCGUGUUUGCUGUGAGGAUGGGCAAGUACAAAGCCCAUUAUUACACCAGAGGGGCAGGACACAGUGAAUCCACCCCAGACCAGGACUGCCACAUCACGGCCUUCUUGAAGCAGCACGACCCGCCGCUGCUCUUCGACCUUGAGUCUGACCCCUCUGAGAACUACAGGCUUCCGCCGGACGACCCGGAGGUGGUGGGCCUGCUGCAGCAGAUGCAGCAGCUCAGGGACGACUUUCAGGCCAGCAUGGUGUUCGGGGAGAGUCAGGUAGACCGGGGGACGGACCCUGCUUUGGAGCCCUGCUGCAACCCCGCCUGCACCCCCAAACCAGACUGCUGCCGCUGCUGA